AUGGCUUCAGAGCCCGGUCCGGUCGUGGAUUUUCUAGGCAUAGUCGCCUAUCAUUAUGAAAGCAUGCGACCUCUUUUGCCAACUUACCUGCAUCUCCUCAUAUCGGCAAUUUUCCCCAUCUACACAGCCGCUCACGCUUCACUUUCUAGACCACCAUCGGCGGCAUCGAAGAAAUCGAAAAUAUGCGCCACUGGAGAAGUUGAUGACGAGGAUUCCCAAACCAGAAUUGAAAAUCUCACCCCUUCUGACGCGAUAUUAUUUCCUAUCAUGGCUGGUGCUACUCUGGCAUCUCUAUACUUCAUUCUCAAGUGGCUCCAAGAUCCCGCUUGGCUGAACUGGGCUCUGGGCAUCUACUUCUCGCAGAUCGGCCUCUUCUUCGCGAUGAAGUUCCUGAAGGAUUGCUUUACUGUGGCGAGGUCCUUUUUGCUUCCAAAUGAGUACUCCCGUGCAGGCAUGCUGUGGAAGGUGGACCAGAAGGAACGGUGCUUCAGGGCGGAGAAUGAAACGCGCACCCGCUCACCGUUUCCGGGUUUUGUAGGACGAAUCCCUCUUCCUUCACCCGUUGUAUCGCUUGUUUGGGAUCUACGAGCGCUCCUAUAUACGAAAGCACGACUCGAGUUCCACAUCCACGAAUUGAUUACCAUCAAGACGCUAAUCGAAAUUCUGGACAUAGCCAGCCUCAUUCUCUCCAUUGGCGUUGUCUAUGUUCACACGUUUGUCGCGAAGCCCUGGUUCCUGACCAACCUCCUUGGUUUCUCCUUCUGCUACGGUUCCUUGCAGUAUAUGACACCUACGACCGCCUGGACCGGCACGCUUGUGCUCAGCGCUCUCUUCUUCUAUGACAUUUACUUUGUGUUCUUUACACCGAUGAUGGUCGCCGUGGCGACGAAACUGGAUGUACCAAUCAAGCUGCUCUUCCCUCGGCCUGACAGCUGCGUGUUUCCUGUGGGUGCACCGGAAGGAUCGCCGGAAAUGGAAGAGUACUUGCAGUGUCUGGCGAAGAAGAGAACCAUGGCGAUGUUGGGGUUGGGGGAUAUUGUUGUGCCGGGGAUGAUGCUGGCCUUUGCUUUGAGGUUUGAUUUGUACUUAUACUAUCUUCGGCAAGCCAAAGACAGACAACAGAUAGGUAAAGAUGCAUUGAAGCCGACCUACACCAGCGCAACAGGAAAUUGGGGAGAGCGGUUCUGGACCACUUCCAAACUGUGGACGAACGAGAUGAGGGCCAAGCGGUUUCCCAAACCGUACCUCUGCGCGACCCUACUGGGUUACCUAGCUGGAAUGGUUGUGACGGUUGUUGUGAUGCAGGUUACACAACAUGCGCAGCCAGCACUGCUCUAUCUCGUUCCUGGAGUCCUGUUGUCGUUCUGGGGCACUGCCUUGGUGAAGGGAGACUUGAAAGAGUUGUGGCAUUACAGUGAGCAUCCACAGGGCGAUGGCAAGCAAGCAGAGGAGGCAAAAGACGAGAAGAGGCUACCAGCAUCAGCCGGCGACGGUGGCAACGAUGACCAGGCUGGAACUAAUAGGGCAAUCAUCAACAAAAUGGAGGAGGUUAAUCCUGCCAAAGUGCAGGACAAGGAAUCUGGAAACGAAACCCAAGAGACUGCUAAGAGAGACGCUGAGAAGACGUGCCGUCGCCUUGUCCAAUUUUCAAUCACGUUACCAGGUCCAACUCCCAAGGCAGCGCCUACCGAUGUAACUUCGCGCAAAUCGGUGACCGGUGAAGAGAGGUCGAAGAGGACCCUGGCAACUAAAGACACUGAGUGA